GUUGACUUUACAUUCAGUCUGCGCAAGCGCAGCCCGUGUGCACAAUCGUACUUCAAUUACUCGAACUAAAGUGUAUUGUUUAAUACGGGAAUUAUAGUGAUAAUGUGAUUAUUGGAUACAAGUAAUAUAUAUCACUAAGAAAUUAUACAUUAAAAGUCAACAACGAAGAUGGCGUCCGAGGUGCUUUAUAGGAACUCCACGGUCAAUAAGGAGCUAUCAGAUGUGUUGGUGACACAUUUGAAGGGUGUAGGUCGAAUGUUCUACAUACAUUCCCCUGAAGAAACGUUAUAUGAAAAACCCGAAGAUGUGCCAAACUUCUUUAGACAGUCAUUCCCAUACUUCAUAAUAUUUAUGAUUAUUGAACAUAUAGUGCUUAGAUUAGAAGGCAAGAAAGGGAUUCGUUUAAAUGACGGCGUAACAAGUAUAUCACAUGGAAUAUUUCAAGAAUGUGGAAGAUUAAUAUGGCGUGGGGCAGAGUCUUAUUUAUACACAUGGAUAUAUAGCAAUUAUAGAAUGGUAGACCUCCCCUGGGAUAAUACAUUGACAUGGUACGCCGCCGCUUUGGGAGUCGAUUUCUGCUAUUAUUGGAUGCACAGAGCUUGUCAUGAGGUUCACAUACUAUGGGCCCAGCAUCAAGUGCAUCACACAUCAGAGGACUUCAAUAUGGGCGUCGGCAUCAGACAGUCGGUGUUGCAAGGAUGGUGUGGAUUUGCGUUCUACUUACCACUCGCCUUAGCGAUUCCGCCCGCCCAGUUUGUGAUGCACCACCAGUUCAGCUACUUGUAUAUGUUCUGGAUUCACACGGAGGCCAUCAAAAGUCUUGGACCCUUAGAGUAUAUUUUGAAUACUCCAAGUCACCACAGAGUACACCAUGGUAGCAACAAAUACUGCUUGGAUGUCAACUAUGGCGGAGUGCUCAUCAUUUGGGACAGGUUGUUCGGAACAUUUAGACCGGAAACUGACAAAAUUGAAAUUGUCUACGGUCUCAUUUACAACCAGCCAUCGUUUAACCCAUUCUAUUUACAAAUUUUCUAUACUGGAUAUGUGAUAGAGAAAUUCCGUAGCUUUGAAAAUUGGGAACACAAGAUCAAAGCGAUAGUUUGGGGUCCGAGCUGGCAGCCUGGAACAGCGAGACUUGGAGAUGACGAUUUAAAAGAAGAUAUUGAAAGUAGAGAAAAAUACGACGUGACUCUCCCUACCUGGUGCAAUGGCUACAUCGUAGUACAUUAUGCUGUUGUUUUCUAUGGUUUCUUUGAACUCGCCUCCAGAUACAUGGGCAUGACACCGUUAUCAGUUCUGAUUUUCGUAUUUUACGUGAUGGCGUCGCUAACUGUAAUUGGAAUGCUGUUCGACAAUUCAAGAUACGCUCCGGUGUUGGAGGUUCUUCGUUGUUCAGCGCUCGCUUUCCUUACGAGAAGCAUUUCUUCACCAACUCCUGUCACAACCCUUCUGCAAAUAUUCUAUGUCGCAUCAGCUAUGUUCUGGUGUCUUAAUACCAUGAAGCUAUUGGAAAUUAAGAGAACUAAAUUAGAAUAAGAGUCCAGUUGAUGCACUAAGACUGAAAACGUUUAACUUUUAAGUACCCCACGUGCCAAAUGUUUAUUAUUGGGAAAAGAUUUUGUUUUCUGUUUUCAUUUUCUUCUUGACAUUUUUUAAUUUCACCAGUAUAAAAUUUAACCAGGAAAAAAUUUAUAGUUAAUACCUAGUCGUAGAGCUUAGAUAUAGUUUUUAUAUACUGCCAAAAACAUAAGCAAUACUAUAAGUUAUCUAAAAAUGUUAAAUUAGAUUCUUAUUUUGUAUACGUGAUUAUUGUUUUCCUUUAAAUUUGUUUAAACCAGAAAUAUAUUAAAAACUAUA